GUCCCGACUCGGCCUGGCCCUGCGGCAAAGCCUGCGGCGUGCUCUGCGGGCGCGCGCGGCGGUUUGAGACCUCUGGUGAGGCCAUGACGACCAGCGCCCGGAGGGCGAAAAUUCUUCAGCUGUUAAGCUUAUUGGUGUGUUUGGGUGUGAAUCGCUAACAAAGGUGGGUCUGACCCAUGAAUGGUGGAGGAUGCUUGGCGCAUCCUGGCUCUGGCGAGGACUGGGGGGUUCGAGAGCCAGGUUGAGGAUGUUUUGCGGACAAACAUCUUUGGGGUGGAUGUGGGUGGUGCUUUCCACAUGGGCUUGUUUGUCGAGGGGUCGAGGGUGAAUCACAACUGCCGGCCAAACGUCUACUGGGAAUACGACACCAAAACAAUGGCCCAAGAGGUGGUGGCGCUCCGAGAUAUAGAACAGGGAGAAGAGCUCACGCACAGCUACGUCACCCUGGGUGGCUCCAGGAGCCAAAGACGCGAGGAGCUCGAGGCGUGGGGCUUCGAAUGCAAAUGCGCCCUCUGCUCCGCAUCUCCCCAAGAGGUCGGGCUCUCCGACAGGCGACGCGAGAUGCUCAACGAUCUCGGCAUCAGGCUGAGGGAGGCGAAAGACCUGAGCCCGGAAGAGGUCGCCGUGCUGGUGGACCAGAUGGGGGCGCUGAUCGAGCUGGAGCAGCUGCACCCGCAGGUGGUCGUCUACUACACCCUAGCAGCCCGGGCUUUCCUCGCGGCUGGAGACAGGGCCAGGGCCAGGGAUUUUGUGAGACUGGCGGAGGAGGCGUGGGUGCGGUUUCAGGGUGAGGAGCAUGAGAAUGUCGAGGGGAUCGAGGAGCUGUGGAGGCAGGUUGGGGGGGAAAGAGGAGUGUGAUGGCGCGUUUUGUAUGGAAAUUCAAGAUUAGUGCUUUGGCACUUUACCUGGUCGAGAUUGCAAUUAAAGUGCACCUUUUCGCUCGGGAAAGAUUUACUGGCUUAGAUUUAAAGACUCUCGUCCAAACUAAAAGUCUUUUUCAUAAAC